AUGCUUCGCCGCCAUUUCAAGCAACGGGAUGCCUUCCGGGAGACGGCAAGUGCUCAAAUCAAGCAGCUAAACGCGGCACUCGAUUUGGCCAUUUCGGCAAUGGACGAGCCCUGGCGAGAUCUCGAGAACGGGUGGGAAAGACACCAACAGUACUUGGUUGAUGUUGGCGUACGACCUACAACCGGCAACGAGGGUGUUCUCCGGCUAAAUAUUGGAGGCGUACCGGCAAAUGUGCACCGGUCACUUAUCGCAGAAGCAGAGGGGUUUAAAGGCUCCGUCCUUGGCGCGCUGUUUGAGCAGAUGUGGGACGAGCGAGUUCCUCGCGACAUGGACGGACGGAUCGUGCUGGACGAGUCCCCCGCUUGCGUGAAGCAUAUAAUCCACACUUUGCUCAGGGGUGGCUGCACAACACGAACAAAAGAAACGGCUUCGCUGUGUCAUUUCCGUUCUGCUGCAGGGCCAUCAGCGGCUGUGGCGGCCCACGAGGAACCGUACCUGUUGUACAUAUCACACGUGCUUGGGCUGUCCAACGUCAUCCCCGCUUGCCCAAACACGAAGGGCAUGGUUGUAGCAGGUGGCACCACCACAGCCAACCCGCUACAGCUACCGCAGUGGAGCUCUUUGCUGCGGAGCUGGUGCCCAGGGGACCCGGCGGGGUUGCACCUUCUCUAUCGCGCAUCGCGGGACGGCUUCUCCACAGGGCCAUUCCAGCAGUGUGUUCGCGGCGUGUGCGAGACGAUAACGCUUAUCCGCGUCAAGUCAGACGAUGGGCGCCCCGACAGUGUCGUCGGGGGCUUUUCGGAUAUCGAGAUUGUUCCUCAAGAAGUUGGGAUGGAGACUGGAAACCAGCGCUCAUCCUCAGCCUUUUUGUUUCUGCUUGAUUCUCCUGGCGGGGGCUUCCCAACGGCAAAGAAGUGGAGCAUCAAGGAAGGCGAAGACUCCUGCGCCAUACACUGGCCGGAAACGGCAGACGUCUGCGCAGGGCCUGCGUUUGGCCUCGAAGACAUGUGCGUGACCUUCAGCGAAAGCGAAGGUCAGAGCGGGAGCUCCGGCUGCACACUAUCAACCGGAGGAGAGUUCUACGAUGUCGACGAAGAUUCUCCGUUUGUCGGUCUCGACGGCAAGGAGGUGGCAGAAAUCGAGAUUUUCCGGGUUGACAAAACCGCCAGGGUGGAACAUCAGGAUGUUGCUCCCGUCGCCACAACGCCGCCUCAAAGCAAUAUCUUCCCGGACAAGCGAAAGCACUUUCUUCAUCCCGACAGGAGCGCCGACGAGAUUGAGGCGGCGUACGCCCUGCAGUUCGGUUCUUCUCUUGCGGAGCUGCUGAUGGAGGAGCAGAUGGCGCUGGCCUACGCCCAAACGGAGCUCGAGGAGGCCAAGAAGAGAGCAGCGGCCACCGCUCGGGCGUUGGCGAUCGUCUACGGCCCGGGCGUCGCGUCGGCGAGGGUCGAGGAGAACGCCGUCGUUGAGCUGAGCGUGAGAGGGAUGUCCGUGACGACUCUUCGGUCUACCCUGGAGGCUUGUCCAGACUCCGCGUUCUCCACCUGGUUGGGGGCAGCAGACCGGCCGGUCGGCUGUGGUGACGACGGUGAGGCAAACGAUGAAGGCUUGGGCGGCAGGACCAGUGAAGACUGCCGUCGCAAGGUCGACUGCGACCCGAGCUGCUUCUCCAAGAUCCUGGACGUGAUGCGCAUGAGGAAGCGAGCCGCGUGGGUCACGGACGACCAACAAGGAGCCUUGAUCAGAGAAGCAGGCGGCGGACACACUGUUCGCAUCCCAGUUCCAGAGAGCGACCGCGCGUGCUUCAAGAAUCUUGUCCACACGCUCUUCCCGGAGUGUGAGGAUUUCGUCAUGGACAUGAUAGAGCCUUGGGAUAAUGUGCCCGUGGCGAUGACGAGCGCGCCCUGCCACAGCAUACUGGAACCCAUGUCAGACAAAGAGGCGGAGACAUCUCCCCCGGAAUGCGCUUCGUCUGAGGAACCUCAACAGACGGGUCCCGUACGCCGUCCCUCACGCCGAACGGGAAAUGCUGGGCAGCUUUUGAUGGACAGGCUUCAGCAACUUCCGCGUCGGGCAAGCCUCAGAUCUACGGCGAGCGCAGCUACAACGAGUGAUUCACCAUAG